AUGGUGGCGUCUCCAUCAAGGUCUUUGGGUUUUGUCUGGCGGGAGACUGAGCAGCCUGAAGUGCUGUGGAAUCCCAAGGACAAUAUUCUGUGGCAAGGCCUGUGGACAAUCCAGGGAACUCUGGAGGAUGAUGCGGUCUGGCAAUGGGUUGUGAAAGAGGUGGUAUCAACAGACAAGAUGUGUGCAGAAGUGUUGAAGAAAGCAGGCUAUAUGUGGAUUGCACACAAGAGCAAGGCAGGCAAACAAUCAACCAAUAAGACCAAAGUCAGCAUGGAUCAAGGGAAAGAAGAAAAGAAGUCCAUAGAACAACACAGCCAUAACAGUGGUAGUUCAAUUACUUGUGGCCCUGAUUUCUUGUACCCAGCAGAAGGUUUGAGUGCCAUUAGCAAUGCCUGGGGCAAGGACCGCCAGGGGCCCAUGCAUAUGGACCAGGAUGGCGAUGGUUCAUCAGAAUCUUCUGGUGGAAGGGGCGCCUCCAUGCCUGCUGCCAAUGAAGCUGCUAGUGCUGGUGCCAGUGCUGCAGAUCGCUCCACUGACUCUUGCCCUCCAGCUCCAUCCGCUUCCACAGGCCCCACUGCCCAAAUUGAUGAUGCACGUCAUCCCCCCAGGUCCACCAAUACUCCUCCACCUACUGAGACUCUUCCCAGCAUGGGUAGCUCUCAUCUCUUUGGGUCCAUAAAUACUCCUCCACCCUCUGAGGCCCCUGUGGGAGUGGGUAGCACUGCUGCUUCUGAUCUGACAAUCCAACAACCGGUGUCGCCUCUCUACAUCCUCAUCUAUCAAGGUGUAUCCAAGUAUGUCAAGCAUGAGCAGUCUCUGCAUGAAUAUGCAACCAACUUGAGGAGCAACUUUCCUGCCUCCAACUAUGAGGCUGCCAUUGCCAGGUACGAGGAGAAGCUCGCCGCCAGGUCUUUGCAACCUUUCAAUGCCAGAGAGUUCCAACUGCAUGUGACACAUUUCAUCAACCAACUCAGUAUAACAGCAGCCAUGUUGGCAGCCGAUGAGCAGAACAAAGGCCUCCUGUGA